AUGAAUUUGGUGUACUGUUAUCCUACAAACAUGUUGAAGUGCUUGGCAACAUUUGGUGUAUUAGUGAUGAUUAUUGCGGCAUAUACACUCACAGUCCCUGUACAUGGUCAAAAUGUGUUUGCUCAGAAGAACACCGUGCGUGUUCAAAAUGAUUUGGGUAGCGGCAUUGUUCUCUAUCUCCAUUGUAAAUCCAAGGACGAUGAUCUUGGUCUGCAUGUUCUUCCCUACAGAAACUACCAAGAAUGGUCCUUCCGAGAUAACUUUGGUGGCACUACUCUCUUUUGGUGCUCCAUGCAAUGGAACUACGAGCAACACAGCUUCGAAAUUUAUAGUACAGCAAGGGAUAAUUUGUCUUGUUCUUCCAAAUGCUGGAGAAGUAUUAGACCAGAUGGAGCUUAUUUUUAUAUGGAAGUCCAUGACUUAUGGAUGAAGAGGUACUCCUGGUAA